AGCCCUCAUCACCCUACACCACCCACCACCCAUACCAACUACCCAUGGGGGUGCGCAGCAUCCUGCGCAAUUCCCCGCUCGAGCCCAGCUGCCGUCGCCGGUCCACCUCGGUGGCAACCAACGGGACGACCGGCGCUCCCGCCACGAGGCGGGUGUUCUUCCCGGCCAAGAAGCAAGUCAGCUACCGCUACCCGUUGGAGGAGGAAAUCCAAAAUGUCCAUUACACUGCGCGCCACUCGGACCUCCAUGACGUGGAGGAAGAGCGUCCGAAAUUAAGCACCAGCACAAGCACACCCAGUGAGGAUUCCGAUUCCGCCGCAAAUAACUCAUCUUCAUCAUCAUCAUCAUCCGACACAAACACCUCUGACGACGAACCCCAACCCACCUUCAAACACAACCUCCUGUCGCCCGUGGAACGGAAGAAGCGAAAGCACCAAAAGGCCGAACGGCAGGUCCGCGCGGUCGCCUUGCGAGAGAAGCUGGGGGACAUGACACCACAGACGCCGGUGCGCAAACGCGCCAAGCGGCGCUGCGAAUGGCGCUGGACGUUAGGGCCGUUGGAGAAUCGGGACAGUCUCCUGCCGCCUCCCAUUCCGGAAGAGCAGGCGGCAGCAACCGCAUCAGCAUCGUCCUCGGGAUCCGACUCCAGCCCAUCCGACCGGGGCUCCCAACCAUCAUCGACGGGGUCAACUCCGUUGUUGAGUGCGACACCCUCGCACGCGCAAUCCAGUCCCAGUUCGUCUGUCGCAUUUGAGCUGGAAGGAACCGACGAGUCCAUGAAGAUCACGACUCACGAACCGCAACGCCCUGACACCGACCUCUCACGAUAAGACCCCAAGUGACGAACGCUUACUACUACAACCAACCAUGAUGACUUGCGCUUCCAAUCACGAACUCAUGCAUAUAGACGGCAGACGAUUUUCUAAAAUUUCAUUCUUUCCGGAUCCGGCCCUUGCCGGCUCAUUUUUCUCUUACUUUGUCCGUGGACACGAUAUCUUACUGGAUUGUCUAAGACAUUUGCAAGGCGGUGGGUGGUGCGAUGAUGUCAUCACCAGAACCCUCAGACCGCCCCCCUUUUAUAUCAC